AUGGGUGUGGAGGUAGUGGCAGAUGAUUUCACACAGGCACCUGUGAAGGACGGAGCCAACGCGGAACAUGGUAUAUUGAAUGAGAAAGAGAGCAUAGUACCCAACCAAGAGGCAGGGGGGCUAGACGAACCAAUCAUAUUUGGUUCGCAUGGAACACAUGCGCCUGUUAAAGGAGAGGUCGAUUCCGCUCUGGAUGACAAAAACUUCCCCAAGGAUGCUGUUGAUGAAUGGCCUGCGCCGAAGCAAAUCCAUUACUUCUAUUUUGUCAAGUAUCGGGCUUAUGAUGACCCAAAGCUGAAAGCCAAACUUGAUCAGGCCGACAAGGAGGUUCAGAAAAAGAGUCAAGCUCGUUUCCAGAUUAUUGAAGCGUUGAAAGCCAAGAAGUCGGAUCGAGCACAGGUGAUAGCUCAGUUGAAGCCUUUAACUGUUGAGGGCAAGCGGUACAGAGUGAUGAUGGAUGAGAAGAGGAAGGAAAUGGAACCUUUGAAUCAGGCUUUGGGUAAGCUCCGUGGUGCAAACAGUGCUAACCGAGAGAGGGGAGAGAGGGGUGUUGGUAUAUGUUCAUCUGAGGCAGAGCUUAAUGCACUUAUUCAGAGCUUGAAUUAUCAGAUUCAACAUGAGAGCCUCACUUUGGCCGAGGAGAAACAAAUUAUAAGGGAAAUUAAACAGCUUGAGGGGACUAGGGAGAAAGUUAUUGCUAAUGCUGCUAUGAAGGCAAAGAUUGAGGAUUCUAUGGGACAGAAGGAGGCUAUUCAAGACCAGGUCAAACUCAUUGGUGUUGAUUUGGACGGAGCAAGGAAAGAGCAACAAGCAGUUAGGGCACAAAUCAAGAAUUUAGAGGAUGACCUGAAAGCAAUUGACAAUGAGAUUAGUUCAUUGCAAGAAGAACUGAAUACUGUGAAUCAGAGAAGGGAUAAAGCAUAUGAAACCCUUGUUGAACUGAGAAAACAGCGUGAUGAAGGGAAUGCCGUCUUUUAUCAAAAUCGUUCACUUUUAAACAAUGCUCGAGAAAUUGCUGCAAAGAAGGAUGUUGCUGCCCUGGAAGAACUAUGUCACACAGAGGUUGACAAAUUUAUCUCCCUCUGGAGCAGUAGUAAGGCUUUUAGAGAUGAUUAUGAGAGAAGGAUCUUGCCGUCACUUGACAGCCGUCAGUUGAGCAGGGAUGGACGGAUGAGGAACCCUGAUGAGAAGCCAUUGAUUUCAGAAGCACCCCCUCCCAUUGAACCUGAGAUAGUGGCUAAAGCUAGUGUGAAACGAGCAAAAGAAGAUCCUAAAAUCUUUCCUCAAAAUGAUAGCAUUCCCAUUCAGAAGGUUCAAAAGGAAGACAAAAAUAAAUUAAGGGAGUUGGAAAGCACUACAAAGGGUGUUGACCUUGAGGACAAGGAGAAGAUCCCUGCGGUUGAAAAGUCUCAGGUGCCUUCGGCAGCCAAUGUGAUUGACGGGGCAAAGUUGAAGGAAAUGAAGAGAGAGGAGGAGAUAGCAAAAGCUAAGUCAGCUUUGGAGAGGAAGAAGAAGCAGGCAGAGAAGGCAGCAGCUAAAGCAGCUGUGAGAGCUCAGAAGGAAGCUGAAAAGAAGCUCAAGGAUCGUGAAAAGAAAGCAAAGAAGAAGGCUGCAGCAUCUCAGCCUGAGGAGCAGAAUGAAGCAGCAGCAUCAGAAGCAGAUACAGAGGCUGUUGAACCAGAAAAUGUUGAUGUGAAAGAUGAACCUCCAGUCCCAACCAAGAGAAAGGAACUAAAAGAGAGUACCAUUAGGCACAGGAAUCGGCCAAAAGGUCAGGAUCAUCUUCCCAAAGCCGUCCUUAAGCGGAAGAAGUCGACCCCUUACUGGGUAUGGGCUGCUCCUGCCGUAGCUAUAGUUUUGUUGGUUGUGGCUCUUGGAUACUACUAUUUUCUCUGAAGACAAUAGUGGACAAAGGAAACAGGUGAGUAGCAGAGUUAUGGACCAAUUUUCCAGUUGGCUAGCUUUUGACUGGCUUGGUCUUGUAGAAAUUAAGGUUUAGUUAUUACUGGUUCUUUACAUCCUCAGAAGGGUGGGACUCUAAACUCAUAAUGUUUGUAGUUCAUCAUGCAGUGGCAUGAUAUUUUAAGUAGGGGACUGUCAAAGCAUGUAGGAUGGGUGGCUGAGUUGGAUUAUUUCGAAUCUGUGACUAUUUACUUGUUUUGUUGUUCAUCCGAUGGAACAAAAAUCUUCUGUUUCCCUUAUGGAAGAUGAUGUGCAUCUCAAUUUUAUUUUUCGUUUCUU